AUGCUCAGAAUUUGGAAAGAACUUCACUCGGGAAAGAGCUUCACGGAGGGUGAACAGCUUACUGUCCAUCAGAGAGUCCACACAGGAGAAAGGCCUUUUAAAUGCUCAGAGGGUGGAAAGCUGUUCAGUCAGAAGUCACAGCUUACUAACCAUCAAAGAAUCCACACAGGAGAGAAAGCACAUACCUGCUCAGAGUAUGGAAGGAGGUUCAGUCAUAAAGCAACACUUACUUACCAACAGACAGUCCACACAGGAGACAAGCCAUUUACCUGCUCAGAGUGUGGAAAGAGCUUUAUUCAAAACCUACAACUUACAUUGCAUCAAAGAAACCACACAGGAGGGAAACCAUAUACCUUCUCAGAGUGUGGAAAGAGCUACAGUCACAACCGAACGCUUAUAUUGCAUCAAUGA